GCCGGGAGUCGAACUGAGCCGAACGUGAUAGGCUCAUGCAAUUCAGGCGGGCAAUGAGCUAGGAGCGAGAGCCACGCCACGCCACGCCAGCGAGGGAUGCUUUUAUGCGAGCGGCGGUUGCCGAAGGAAGUCGGAGCACAGCGGAGGUAAUGGACUCGCGGGGCUCCGCGCGCUGUAGCUGCCAUCCCGAGCAGGACAUGUCUGCUGCCACGACGAGCACCUGAGAGCGAGCUGACGCGCUACACAGCGACACAAUCCCACGAAAAGUCCCCUUCUUCCCCCAGCGCACUGACACCCCAACAUGCUUGUGGGAAAGGCGCUUCUGUUCUUCCUCCUCCUGGAUUUCAUCACCCUCAGCCUGUCCCUCUCCACCUGCACCGCGGUGGAUAUCGACCACAUCAAGAAGAAGAGGGUCGAAGCCAUCCGGGGCCAAAUUCUCAGCAAGCUGCGCCUGACCAGCCCUCCGGAUGCCGGAGAUCCCUCACUGGUCACCUACCAGGUCCUGGCCCUCUACAACAGCACGAAGGAGCUUCUGGAGGAGCUGGGCAGAGAGCGGCAACAUAGCUGCACCCAGGACAACACGGAGAGCGAGUACUACGCCAAGGAGAUCUACAAGUUCAACAUGGCCCCAGUGGGGCCGGAGAACAAUGACCUCCCCAACUGCCCAAAAGGGACUACCUCAAAAAUGUUCCGUUUUAAUGUGUCCUCCAUGGAGAAGAACUCCACCAACCUCUUCCGAGCCGAGUUUCGGGUACUGAGAGUCCCAAACAAUAAUGCCAGGAAAAAUGAGCAGCGCAUCGAACUUUACCAGAUCCUGAAGACUGAUAAUCACAUACCAAAGCAUCGAUACAUCAGUGGAAAGAACGUCUUGACGAAAGGUCAGAAGGAGUGGAUAUCCUUCGAUGUCACUGAGACCGUUAAGGAGUGGCUCACCUACAGAGAGACCAACCUUGGGCUGGAAAUCCGUGUGCACUGCCCCUGCCACAUGUUCCACCCGAAAGGGGACAUCAGUGACAACAUCAACGAAGUUUUGGAGGUCAAGUUCAAAGGUGUAGAUGGAGAAUAUGAAGAGCACGGCCGAGGAGAUCUGGGGCGACUACAGAAGCGGAAGGACUUCUACCCUCAUCUCAUCCUCAUGAUGCUCCCACCUCAUCGGCUCACCAGCCAGGCCAAUGGCCAUCGCAGGAAGCGGGCGUUGGACACCAAUUACUGCUUUUCGAAUUAUGAAGAGAACUGCUGUGUUCGUCCUCUCUACAUUGACUUUCGUCAGGACUUGGACUGGAAAUGGAUUCAUGAGCCCAAAGGAUACUAUGCUAAUUUCUGCUCGGGCCCAUGUCCGUAUCUGAGGAGUGCUGACACGACGCACAGCAGGGUACUGGGCCUUUACAACACUCUGAAUCCGGAAGCAUCUGCCUCGCCAUGUUGUGUUCCUCAGGACCUCGAGCCGCUGACUAUUCUUUAUUAUGUCGGAAGGACUCCCAAGGUGGAGCAGCUCUCCAACAUGAUCGUUAAGUCCUGCAAGUGCAGCUGAGAGCAGUCUGGGUAAAAACAGAAAUGAACAAACGAAGAAAGGUGCCGUUAGCUCAAUGUGACCAGCUCUGCCAGUCGUUCCCGUUCCUGACACUUCUUCUUCUGUCUUAAGCUUCCUACUUGAGUUAGCUCAGUAGAGACUGCAGCAGAAGGAACGAAAUGGCUGCUGAAUGACACCCCCAAGUUUUUAGCGGACUGAGAGGGCUCACCCAGUGGGCCCAUGGACAUUCAACACAACAAAAUGGACUUCUAAUGCUAGGUAGUAACGUUUAAUCAGAGUCUGAGUUAACUUCAACAAGACCCACAAACAAAAUUCACCAAAAAGGUAAAUGCUGGCCUACUUCAGAUUACUCAAACAGACCCCAUUACGUGGAAGGCCUCAUUGUGACAACUGAACAACGGCGCUCACCUGGAAAGGGUGCUGCAAAAACAGAAUGACUUAACGACGCAGAGAUAAUGUCUGUAAAAAAAUGGGGCUAGCAACACGAAAACGACAGCCUCCACUCCAUCCUGAGCCUGCAGCUUCUCUGCAUGGAGCUACUCGGUGCUGAAUUUGGGAAGAGCCAACCGGAAAAUCAUAGAGGAGUCCCAAAGUCUAACCAGAGGAUCCCCAUGCUAGGAUAUGAAGCCAACAAGGGCCACCCGAGGACGACGGAUGGAUGGAUUUGAUCGUUUGAGAUACAACAAGAUGUUAACGUCACAGACAGGACAGUCACUUUGUUGUUACCUCUGUUCAAUGUAGAAGAACACGUUUUGUAGAGAGUGUAGAGAACAUGAGAGGAAGAGGAGAUUUGCUGUUGUAGAAAUGAUGUAAUGUCACUUAGUGAAUAUUUCACUAAAUCAUCACAAACUGUCAUUGUUUUAAAAAUAUUACUCCAGACAAUUUUUUUUUUUACAUUAAAAGUGAAAAUGGUUUUGGCCACACUCGGGGUUUUUGUGUUACCAACUGGUGCUACAGCCUGUUUAUUCUCCCCAUAAAUAUGCUGCUGUAAAGAACAAGUGUGACCCCCAAAGGGCAUUCAUGUACAUGUGGUAGCAGGGUGGGCUCUCCCCAGUAGUUUUCUGCGGACUGUGCAUUUUAAGCUAAUUGAUGACUCUAAAUUGGCCCCCUGUGGUAGCCAUCACCUUGGCGACUGUUACCAUGGAUAUAAAGUGUGUGGAUGACGAGCCUCACCGACAGUAGUUUGGGGUCAAACACAACAAAUCUGGUGAGGAAAUGUGAUGUGAUUUUCAUUUUGGUGUUGUCCUAUUAUUAUGACAUUUGGUGGACUCCUUUACCGAAGGUCACUUACUGGACUUGGAUAUUUUAUAAUUGUUAAUAUUUGUACAACUGGAAUGACUGCAGGCAGCAUUGUGGAGUAAAGUCCUCUGUCCUGCCCACUACGCCAUACUGCUUACAUUCUUAUCAUCACAAACACUCUUGGAUCAUCUGAAAUAAUAAAGCUUAUCAACAAUGAUUGUGAAAACAG